ACUGUUACGGGUUAAAAGCUUCAUUUGGUUUACACUUUACACUGACUUAUUGCUUUCAGUUUGCAUUACCAUCUCCAUGGGUUCAUUUUCUAUCAUAAGCACGCCAUGUGCUCGAUGAAAUUCCCCACAGGGAUUGAUUGAUGAAUUUUAUUUUAUUUUUUUCUCACAACGGAAGUCGAAUUUAUACUGUUGAUUGGAUAUUAACGUACCCGUUGGAUUUUUCCCUGCUCAGAACCAAGAUGCUGCCACAGAGGUUGAAGAAGGCAGUAACCGAUAAUCCUAAGAAGCUUGGGAAUUUGAUUGACCUCGUGAAUCUUCCAUCUACUCUACGUGAGUUCGUUGGUCAAUCUCAAAUUUCUCGCUUGGGUUGUUUCAUGCGUGUCUGGUCGUAUAUCAAGACCAAUAAUCUUCAGGAUCCUAAAAACAAGAAUGUGGUGAACUGUGAUGAUAAGCUCAAGAGCAUUUUGCUUGGGAAGCAGCGAGUGGAGCUAGUCGAGCUUCCUUCUCUUAUCAAGUUGCAUUUCCCCAAAGAACCAAAGUAGAUUUGUCACAAAAACUAAUACACUUUCAACAUGAUGCUAUUUUGGGGUCUUUUGUUUGUUUUCUUCUCUGUUCUGGAGUGCAUAGAGAGAUAUGUUACUUGUUUAGUACUUGAAUUACGUUGAAAUACAAAUACAAAUUGUCU